AUGUGGAUGAAGCUUCUCAUUAUUCCUCUCCUUUCUGCACUCUCCCUUCUCCUCUCUGUGAUAGCUGUGCCGCUUUCCAAGGCCAAGGGAUUUUCCUCUGAUGGUGCGAUUCAUUUCAUCAGAGACAACCGGACCUGGAUCUCCAUCACUGUACAGGUUCUCUCGACUGUGCUUGCUCUUGGCCAGACUUAUGUCGUCACGUCCCUCGUUGGACUAGAUACCAAUGCCAGGCUAUACAGAAAUCCACUUAAACUCGACACACUAAAGCUUCGACAGGCCAUGACGGCCAAGUCUCCAAUAUUUGAGGGUAGCAAGUGGGUAUCGUUCAUCUCUGUGGUUUUCCUGCUACUCCUGCAGAUCCCUGCUGCACUCUGGGCUGGUUCAAUCACACCGACCAUCAAUGAGCUAACACAGGAAACGAUGGUGCAAGUCCCUGAUUUUAACCAAGCAACGUCUGAAUACUGGGCAACUCGUUGUGCCCCUGCUGUGUCUUGCGACAAACUUCUCGGGGGGACUCAAGAUUUGGGUACUUUUUCUUUUGUGAACUGGAAAGCAAGGACGGGUCUUUUGGUCAAUUCUGUCUCGCAAGCUUCUUCGCGGAAUUCUUCAACUCCAACUUACCAAAAACUCGAUGGCACGGGCUACUUUUAUCACGGCCGAUCAUAUGGUGUUGGGUCGGCUGUGGGACUGUUGCAGCCUACUUACCCGGAUGAUCCGAAUGCUAUCAUCCGCGGAUAUUCGUUCAUUGAGGACGGAUACUAUACCAACGUCUCUUGUCACUACAACAAAUCCAGCCAACUGUCGUUUUUCAAGUCAGACAUGGUGAGCACGCCCGGCGGGAUCUACGCUCCUCAAGGAUACUGGCUUGGUGGCUCUCUUCCCAACGGCCCAUGGGCAGGCUUCCCGACUUGGGGAGUUUUGAACGGGGAUUUCACAACAUCAAUAGCAGCUGUCAACAACCAGUCGCAUUACAUGUACGGGUUCUUAGCUGGCGAUGCUUACUCCAUGUUGAACCAGACUCAGUGUGAGGUCUGGUUCACACCGUCUCGCUUCAAUGUCAGUGUCGAUACGGACGCAAAGAACAUAUCAGUCACUUUGUUGCAGCUUGAUGCAUCUGAUAUUGAUCCAACUAGAGCCUUGGCCAACAUAUCAUUUCAUGGAGUCGGGUAUCUAUCGCAGACCCUGACGACCCUGUAUACAUCCGUCCUGGGCGAUUCCUUUCGUCGCAAUGUCGAGAAUGUACAGAGCAGGGCCCAGCGUAAGGACGUCACCGAUCAAGAUGUUAUUGAAGCGGUUGAAGAUGGUCUUCGCCUUUUGCUUGACCAUUUUCUCGAGGGUAGCGGAGCCGCUCAGGUUAUGCUACUGCGGAAGACUAAGCCCAUGAGUGGUGAAAUUACGCUGCAAGUCUUUCGCAUCGGAGCUUUCUUGUCUGCAUUGUUCUUGCUGAUUAUUUCUGCACUUAUUACAACCGAAGACUGCCGCUUUGAUAUUCGGGCAUUCGGUGGGAAACUCAUCCCAGAACUAGUGGCUCAGAUCGGCUACAAUUCGACACUUGAUUCAUGUGUAGCUGCCAUGGUUACCCUUUAUAGAUCUCAGCAAUGUCCGAGUUUGAGGGUCGAAGGGCUGACGCACUAUGGAGAAGCACUGGCGGCUACGAGUAAGGCGAUUGUUGAUCCAAAGGAAACCAUCAGGAUGAAAAUGCAGAUUGUUUCAGUCAUGUUCGUUUGUCAUUACUGGAUUGAUCGUAAAUCAGUCGAACGACAUCGCGAGAUAAUAUCAGUUCUAUUCCGGGAAGCUGUUUUGAAAAAGCAACUAGAUGAUCUGGAGCCAUACAUGGUUGGACUGACACAGUUAGCGGUCCUGGCAAGUUUUUUGAAUCCUCAGUUCGAACUAGGACCGUGGUUCUGGGAAGCAUGCGAAACAAUAGGCACUCCUCGACCUGUCAAGUAUCACCAAGGAAGCUUCAUCAGUCUAGAGUCUGGUACACUAGCUGAAGUUUCUAUUUUUAUGCGUUCGCCAAAGAAGCAUCUUCACCAACUACAAUGUAUUUACAACGUUAUCCAAUUCGAGAUACCAAAGGUACGGCGACUCAUCGCGCUGGCAACGGCAGCAGCAGCAGCACCCAACGCACAACCUAUGUCAAAAAGAGUACGCAGCUCAUACAGAUUUGCAUACGCGAUACUCCUCGCCAUGACAUCAGUGAUCAACCACACUCUUCAGAUAUGGGACAAGAAUCUAAGUCUUGUUGGAGAUGUACAUGAUUGUGUGGAUGAGUCUAUUGCUCUCGUGCAGCAGUGUGAGAGCGCUCGUCCAUAUGGGGCCAUGUUUGUACCAGAGUUUCUCACCAUGGUAUAUGCGGCGGCAACAGACGGGUAUCGGAACGAGGACAUGAUGGGGAUAUUAUUGGAUUAUGAGAGCGAUUGCAUUGGAGCCGAUUAUUUGGGACAGGCAUUGUCGGUCAGGGAACGACUUUAUGCAAUGGAGAUGCGAGAGACAGCGGAGGAGAUUAAGCUGGGACUGGAUACGGAUCUUGACGCAGGAACGCAGAUCGUGACAGAGGUUGAACAAGAUUAUCAGGCAGCUAAACCCAGACCGUCCCGCGCUCGCGUUCAGAGCCUCGAGGCCACCGUCGCCGCCAUGCUCGAUCACAUGAAAGCAGCCGGUAUCCUUUCGUCCGAGAUGCAAUCGGCUUGGACAGCUGAGCUCAUGGAUGCCGACCACCCGUCUCGCGCCUCGCAGGAUUAUACCACACACGGAUUGAGUCGCCUUGCUUCGACCGCUGCGAUUGCGAGCCCUCUUCCGACUCCUACGGCGUCUUCGAUUGCGCAGGAAAUUGGCGCUAGUUUCUUAUCUUCGCCGCCGCGAAGUAGCGUUGGUCCGACGGACGGAGAAACGAAACCGAGACUCGACAGCUUCAACACGAUCCUCUCACGAGCGAGCGCAACACAAGUCGACUCUGCCGAACUUCCGCCUGUGAAAUCUGUUCCUCGACCUAUAAGUAACGACGGCAAUGGAGACGGUACAGGAUUAUCGCCCAGUGAAGCUCGAGUCGCUGGUGUCUUCCACGAAAACGGCUAUGUGUCUGCAGUCCACGGUCUCGCUAGUAUCAUGAACCCUACAUCCCGCGCGCAACACCGAGAAAACAUCAACAAGAUGACCCGAAAAGGUGAUGAUGCUAUAUCAGCUUCCAAAGCUCGACUUAUAAGCAAUGCUGCGUUACAACGGCAGCGGGAAGCGCGCAUGUUUCGAAAUCCGAGAGACUUGAUGGAUCUGGACGGAGUAGACCCCGAACUUGCCAAGCAUCUUCUCGACUUGCACUUUAACCGACAGCACUAUGCUUACCUCAUCUCGUACCGACCUGCUAUCAUGGACAGUCUUGCUAGCGGCGGAGGCCCUUUCGCCAAUAAACUCCUUCUCAACGCCAUUUUCUACUCGACGUCCCUCUACAGCGAUCGUCCAUGUCUCCGCGCUGAUCCCGACGAUCCUCAAAGUGUUGGCAGACGCUUCUACGAUCGGUUCCGUGAGCUUCUAAUAGAUGAACUCGACAAGCCCAGCAUUCCUUCUGCUCUUGCUCUACUACUCACAAGUGUAUCUUUGGUAUCACAAGGCAAACCAAGCGCGGGAUGGAGUUUAUCAGGAACAGCGCAUCGUAUGAUUAUUGAUCUAGGAUGCCAUUUGAUGCUCGGUCCCGAUUAUGAGAGCACUGGCGGAGUCAAUGAGCAGCGCGUGCUAAGGACAGACUUGGAGCAGGAGAUGCGCAAGCGUCUUUACUGGGCUGCUUUCACAACGGAUGCUACUCAGGCCUUGUAUCUUGGACGACCUUGCAUGUUCGCCUCGGCUCAAGCUAGAGUGCCCCUGCAGCUGCUUGAUACCUUUGAGGAACUGGAAGAGUGGGAACCUUAUAUCGAUCCCAAAUCACCAGGUUCAGCUCCUCCGCCGUAUGGUCGCCAACCAGCUCAUGCAGUGUCAACAUUCAGCAGUCUUGUGCGUCUAUUGCAGAUCUCCACGAGGAUCAACGAUCUUUAUGGAAUUCAGUGUGUCAAGUACACGACCGAGUAUCUUUUAAAUAAGAAGGAAUCCAUCGAGAGGGAGUUUGAGAAGUGGCAGAGUAGUCUCCCAAGUCACCUGCGCUUUGAUCCUGACGACACCACCACCGUCACACCUCCUCCCCAUCAAAUCACCCCACACACGACAUUCCACGCUCUCACCAUUCUACUACACCGUGCUUUCCUUGAGGAGGGUCAUCUCAGACGCCACACCGACGAAGCCAUGAAGCGAAAGGGUGAAGAAGCUUGUAUUCAAAGCGCAUUGAUGAUUCAAAAGGUUGUCCGACGAUAUCGCGAGUCCUUUACACUCCGACGUGCGCCAUUCUUGCUCUCAUACGCAGUCUAUUCCGCCGUAAUUGUCAUACUUCGCCAAGAGCGUCAUGAACGAGGCCAAUUCACAGAACCUAUCUCUUUCUUCUGGACAUGUCUCAGCGAACUACAAGUCGGCUGCAACUUUGGUCUUAAAAAGCCCCUCAGCGUUUUACAGGACAUGGUUCGCGAGUUCCAGACUAGUAUCAAGGAAAGCGGCACUGCUGGUACCGAACAGCCUCACCCUGCUGGCCUCGAUGAGAGCUUCUUCUUCCCGCUCGCCAUGGCACCUUCAACAAACUCUAUAGCGCCCAACACAUCCACGCCAACAGGCGCUUACAUGUCCGCCACUGCAUCAGACUACAUCCCGAAUAUGGAUCACUUUGAUCCUGCGUUUGGUCACUCGCCUGGUCUUCUUGACUUUUUGAACGAUCAAGAGAAGGAUAUCUCGCAGGAUGCACUAUACGGUCUGUUUGCGCCGUCGCAGCCUUUCCCGUGA